UCAUGUUGUAUACAGUCUACUGUUACAGUUAUACAGCACAGAUUAUAAAACUGCUUGAAACUAGGAUACAGAGUUCAUUUCUUGCGACUAAGAGAGAACACCACGAUGAUUUCUACAUGGGCCAGUUUACUGGGCUGUUUAAUUGUGAUUGCAGCUGUUCGUGACAGUACCCCAGAAUCAGAUGAGCAAUAUGUUAUGUCUCAUCUGCAAAGUCUCAUGCCACUGCACAUAGCAGUGCCAGAGAGGUUUAAACGACAGGUACAAAGUGAAAAUGGGACAAGUGACAAUCAGAAACUACCAUCACCAUCAACAAACAUGCAUUUUAGGUUCAACAAGUGCUGCAAGAAGAUGCCAAAAAUCAUCAACAUGAAAUCAGUCAAAGAAUGUAUUAAAAGCAUGAGACCAGUGCCAACACCAGGAGGCCCUAGUGGACCUCCUCCUCCAUCAGGAGGCCCUGGGGGACCUCCUCCUCCAUCAGGAGGCCCUGGGGGACCUCCUCCGCCACCUCAAGAGGGUCCUGUAGAUAAUGAUGUAGGGGAAAGUACUGAAUCAGUAGGAGACUCUGAUGGACAAAAUCUAGGAGCCUUAGGACAAAUGCAACACAGACCAGGAAAAAGAGGUGGCCUACAUAAAGCUCAUCGAGGAAAUAUUGCUUGUGCUAUGGAGUGUGCCUUUGAAAAAGAAAAUCUGAUAAAAGAUGGUGCAAUAGAUCAACAAGCCUUUGCAGCAUACAUAGAUAAAUACAUACAAGAAAAUAAUGCUACGAUGUGGAAGGAUGCAAUAGAUACAGCUCUCCAAAACUGCUCUGUUUCUGUUCCCACAGCCAUUAACCAAGGGCAAAACUGCAAAUCUGGCUCAAUGGAGAUGAUGAAAUGUAUGGACAGACAACUAUUUGUAAACUGCCCAGAAUCUAACUGGAAAGGCAAAGACGAAAGAUGCAAUGCCUGCCGAACAUCACCAGAAAACUGUGGGGAGAAAAGGUGUCAACAUAAAUGGCAUCGACCAAAUCCAAGAAAUCAAACAGAAGAAACACAGGAUUAAGGAAGGUCAGCAUGAUAUGACAGGAGUAGUAAUCAACUCUUCUGCCCUAUACCUUGCCAAGGACACAUAUUUCUCUAAUCAAGAAGUUUUUGUUAUACGAAGGUUCAUAUGAAAAAUUAUAUUGAGAAUUUUACCAUUCAAGCCUUUUAAUUAUUCUCCAGGGGAUACAGGAUAUGAAAAUUUAACUCAAAAUGACUGAACAUCAAAUUGAGUUGUAUUAUGUAAAUAUACUAAUGCAAAAUAAAAGUAUGUUAUAAAAUCA